GCGUGCUGCCCUUGUACCACCACCAGGUGGAAGGCGCCGACAUCUCUAUCAGCAUGUGGUGCAUGCUUGGCGGCAGCGUGGCUUUCUGGUUCACGCUGCUUUUCACAGAGGACUUCCUCUCCAUGACAGGCUUCCACCACUACGACAACUUCUAUGAUGCCGCGUGCAUCGACCAGACAAGCUACAAGCAGAAGAGGCAGGGCAUCGGUGCCAUUACCGCGUACCUUUGGCACUCUGAGACAUUGCUGGUGUUGCUCUCCCACAACAGCCUUCAGCGGAUCUGGACGGUUUUUGAGCUGACGGCUUUCCUGGCCAUGAAGCCCUACGAGAAGGUGAUCGUCAAGCCCGUCGCCUUGGCUGUUGCGAUAGCCGGUGCAGGCGCCGUCGGCCUCCUCUUCCGUCCAGUCUACGAGGUCUCCAUGUUCUAUUUUUCCGUCUGGCGAGCAUCGCAGGACCCUCCGACGCUGGUGCUGUCCGUUGUUUCGGGAGCGUUGUCCUUCGCGUUGCUCUUAUGGCUCUUUGCGCUGCUUCGCGCAUGGGGCCGGACUUUCUCGGAGUUGGGGGACCAGAUCGAGAAGUUCUCCUUCGCCAACGCGCACUGCAGUGUUGAAGCCGACCGUAAGGACAUCGUCGAGGCUGCAUUGCAUUUGGCCGAGGAACUGCAACUGGUGGAGCAGUGCGCCCGUCCAGAGGAG